CUUUCUUCCACAGGUGUUGUUAAUGGAUAUUUGGCAGAUUAUGAUGCACUAAACUUUGCAGUAAAUAAAACUUCUAGGUUUUACAACAUUACUAUGAUCGUCAAAAUGUAUAAUCAAUCAGAAAAGAUAGAUCUAUGCCAUCAAGGUAAGGCAGGUAACUUUUUUUGCAUCCCUUUAUUUCAAUUACAACAAUAAAAAAUAUAGUUAGAUAAUUACCUGUCCGUAAAUUUAUAUAUAGUAGGGUAAACUCUGAGGGGAAGCUUUAUCCCUUUCCCCUUUGAAGAAAAAAAACUUAGACGUUUGUACAUUAUGCUAGCAUUUUUUCCCCGCGCAUUGUAGUGUGAAAAGUAUUAAUUAAUUAAAGUAUUAUUCGAGCAUUUUAAAGAAAUUGAAGAAAUAAAAAAUAUAUAUUUUUACGAGAAAAUGUACUCUUUAUGUCAAAUUAAAAAAAAAAACAAAAUUCAUAUACCACCUUUUGCUAUAUUGACGUUGUGGUUAUACCACUUAUAGGUUUUGGUAGCGUUAUGAUGGGCAUCAUGACUGAGUAUUUUAGUGACAUUUUGAGCUCUUUUGGGAGGAUACAGGGCAUUUUAAGGAGAAAAAUGGAACAUUAAAGGGGAGCAUUUUAGUAGGUAAAGGAACGCCUUAGGUAAAAAAGCCUACUAAGUAUAGUAACAAGUGUUUUAGUACAUAUUGUAUUUAUUCCUUUACAUUUAGAGCUUUGUCAAGCAAAAGUUGUUGCACUUAUCGAAGGAAGCCAAGUAAAAUUACCUGCAUGCGCAAUAUCUACAGUAACCAGCGUUCCACUUAUCCGUCUCCAUGGAAACACCAGACUAAAUGAUCAAUGUGAAAAUGCAGUACACAUGACAGUAGGCUACAGAAAUUACGCGCAUGCGUCACUUGACAUACUAGCUAAGUUCCGGUGGGACAAUAUCGCACUAGUUUUUGACGGUGAGUGUUCUUGACAAGCAUUAUAACUACUACUGUUAUACUUAUGAGGGGGAGAUACCAUGUUCAUGUAUAAAGUUAUGCGUUAGGGACAAAAUCAGAAGCCAUUAGGGGUGCCGCAUGGGACCCACCCCGAUUUCAAAGGUUGUAUAAAAAAAAAACCUAUUUCACCAACAGAGCAUAAGAAAAAAAUAACUACCUAAAUUAAUUCUCUUUUGCAACAUCGUAAUCUUACAUUUUUAAAACUUUUUUAGAGAGCCGUUUACAUGAAGCUGUCUAUUUCCACGCAGCAUCCCAGAAAUUACAGCUAAAGGUGAAUUUUUUUCACCUUCAAACAAAAGGAAUUGAUGUUGACAGAAUUGCGCGAAUAUUGGACGUAAUGGAAGAAAUUAAAGGUAUCGAGCCCGACAUCAUACUACUCUACACCAAUAACGAAAAUAUUGACUUCAUGCUGCAACAGGUACGAGAGAUAAUUAAACAUAUUUCAUGUUUAAGAUGACAGCUAAAACUACUUUAGUGGUGUUCUUUUAGGAACCCUUUUGUUGUUGUUGCUGUUGUUGUUGUUUGCAAGAGUCUUGUAACUGAAGCCCUGUCGUCGAAACAAAAGGAAAUACUGUUUUUUCUUUCUUUCUUUCUUUCUUUUUUCUAACUGCAAUACCAUACAACUCCACAACUAAGAAUUAAAUAUCUUUUAUAUAUAAUUUUCGAUAAAAUUCAGUUUUCAACGAUUUCAUGUUUAGACUGCUUUAUUCUGACUCAGAGAUAGCAGAUAGAGAACCUAGUUUUCUGGCAAUCCUGGCUUAAUCGAUAUGAUCUACCCUCUCUCACUCUGUCAUUCAUAGCUAUAAUUCCCUCUUGUAUAAAAUUGUAAGAUUGAAUUUCAUUGGUUGUAAGACUUAGUCAUUCUGUUUCCCGUUUUCCUUUAUUAAUACAGCGACCAUGCAAAUGUAAAAAGGGCUAUAAAUGGAUACUUCAAGGAGAGGUACGGUAAUAAAUUAAGAGCCUGGAUACUUUUAGUAUUUUAAUUAUUACAUUAAAGAAUUCAUUUUAUUCUCUGCAGGUACCGACAAACGUAACCAGUCAUCCAAACAAUGUUGUUGUGGCAAUGAGGCUUCCGUAUAUUAAAAGCCAUGCUCCUAAGGGCCUGGAAACGUUUAUGGAGAAAAAUUACGAUGAUUCUUACAAGGUGUGUGUUUUGCAUCUAUUGAGCUAGUGUCCUGAUAAUAUCUCAUUUCAUUCGGAAGUUUGCAAGGAUCGUUCUUCAUAUUCAGUUGCCACCCAAGUUCAAUUAAUAAAUUCAACCUGCUUGUUUUACUUUUUUGAAACUGUGUAAAAGAAACGAAAAUUAAAUAUUGUAAUGUUUAAUUUCUCUAGGAGGACGUCCUUGCCCUUGCUUACGACUCAGUCGAAGUUCUAAAUCAAGCGCUAAAAGAAGCACCCUGCUUGUCUAUUAACGGGACUUCCACUGUUCUACAAGAUCGACAAACAAUAUUGACUUGCAUAAGAAAGGUAUUUACAAGUAUGCUAUAUAUAACAAAAAUAAACGGAGCCUUUCAUUUUAGCUCUUUUUACAUCAACCUUACAUUGUUUUAGUAAGGCUCAGCCAAAGAAGAUAAUAAUUUAGCAUGUUUUGUUUUCUGUGUUUGUUUUUUUUCUUUUGUUGGUCAGGUUAAUUGGCAAAACGGUAUGACAGGGCCUGUCCAGUUUACAGAGGAUGGAUAUCGGAAAGAAAUUCACUUGGAAAUUUUAAACCUUCAGAACAAUUCAUUUCAAAAGGUAUGUGUACACCAUCACUAUUUCACCUUUUUUUUUCUUUUCUAUUUGAGUAACAAAUACUGCUAAUGUAAGACCAGUCAGUGGUUUUCUUUCGCUUGUGAACCGGAAACUCUUUCAUGUCUGUCACUUAAUCUCAAGCGUCUAAGUCGUAUUAUCAGUCUCCUUCAGUUUCAUUUUCUCCACUUCAUAGCACUCUGCGCUUUUGACCACUACUUUUGCACACAGUGAAGCACUUUCCACUUGGCUUUCUUUUCCACAGAUAGGCACUUGGAAUUCAACCCAAGGUGCCAUGAUGUCUGGGGAUAUCUUAAGUAACAGGAUAACUCCAUCUUCUGGAGAAACUGUGGAAGGAAAACAGUUGGCAGUGGUACUAUUGGAGGUAAAAGAAGAAGCAUUGGUUUACGAAAUUUUCGAGAAAUGUUAUGUUGAACUCAAAGGAAAGGCUUUUUAAGAGCUAAUUCCCGAAAGUUGCCUUAAUUUUUUAUGUCUUACAUUAAACUAUAAUUUAACGUACUUAAUUUCAUUGUAGUAUGAUUUAAAUACUUAAUUUAAUGCCUUUUAAUUAGCAUGUUUCUAAUUUAUAUGUAGACUGCCCCGAAAGCUGUAUUAGCUUUAAUUUAAACGGCGUUUAAAUAUAAGUUGUUGUUUUUGUUAUUUAUAGUAAAGGAAAGGGAACAAAAACGUGCAACUUGUGUUGCAACAUUGUCUCAAAACGAGUUGGGAAGCAAUGUUGCGCGUUUUACCACCCACGAAUCAAACCUGUCUUGCAACAAAGCAGAUUGUCGCAACCUGAUUUUUUUGCAAAACAGGUUUGAUGUUGCAGGCCUGAAGUUGCCAAACUUGCUCGUUUUUGUUGCCCGUUUUAAUGUAGGCUGAUAUCACCAGAGAGAAUUGUAAUCUGUUAAUGAUACGAAAGUCAUAUAAAUGGCUUAUUAUUAGUUAAUCUUUCUAUCUACUACUCUUUAGAGAAUUUUAUUGAUAUAUGAUGACUGAAUUAAUAUUGGUUUUGUACAUCAGCAAUAUUGAUAUUUAUUAAAAUCCAACUAGUGGUCUAUUAUCAAUGCUGCGUUCUGAUUGGUCGAGCUACUACUAGGCUAUAUGUUAUAGCCCACUAAUAGCGAAAAGCACGGGCUUUUUGGCGGCAGAAAAGGAUUAAAGCCUAGCUUUAACUAGCUAAAAGUUUUUUAUUCUCGAUAUUUUUGACCAACUAGUUGGAUUUUACUAAAACAAUUAUUCCUCUCGCCCUCAUGGCCUCUGAGUCGAUAGCCCAUACGGCCUUCGGCCUCAUGGGUUAUUGACUCAGAGCCCAUUCGGGCUCGAGGAAUAAUUGUUAAGUAUACGGCUGAUACUCAUACAUAUUUUUCCCAACACAGAGUGAUCCCCCAUUUGUCAUGGUAAAAAAAGAGGAUGGUGGCGCUAAGUCAUACGAAGGAUAUUCUAUUGAUCUGUUAAAUGAACUGUCAAGAGUUCUUAAGUUUACAUAUGACAUAUAUCGAGCCCCAGAUGGUUUGUUUGGUGCCGAAACGGAAAAUGGAACCUGGAAUGGAAUGAUUGGAGAGAUAAUUAAAGGGGUUUGUAAUUUAAAUAAGUCAAUUUGUUUAAGAUUGUCGUAGUUUCGUAAGAGAGCUGAAAGAGUAAUGAUCCUGAAAGGAAUGGAAUGUCUGCUCAAACCUUUACCUGAUACGUAGUUGUGUCUAAUGAAUGUUCAAAAUGGGUAUUGUAUGGAAUUUGGAAGAUUUUAAAAGAGCUGGCGAACCUUUUAAAACCCAUUGAUAAAUUUUGAACACUGGUUUUGUAGAUUCUGAUCCAGGUUAAUUGUAUGAGACUUUUCUUUUAAGUAUAGUAACGUAUUUAAAUUUUUCUUUUCACCCAAAGAGAGCUGAUUUGGCAGUAAGCUCGCUGACUGUGACUGAGGCUCGAGAAAAUGUGGUGGACUUCACAGUUGCCUUCAUGUUUUACGCAGAUGAAAUCUUAUUAAAGAAAACGUAUUCCAAAGAAAAAUCGGAUUUGCUACAAUUCAUGAGCCCUUUUCAUGAUCAUGUUUGGUUUUGUACUCUGGCCACACUCAUUCUCAUCUCUGUUGCUGUUUUUGUCAUAAACUACCUCAGUCCAUAUGGUCACAAGGACGCGAAUGGCAAGGGGACGUCAGAAGAGUUCAGCUUUGUAAACAGUAUGUGGUUUGCAUUGGCAUGCAUGCUACAACAAGGUGGUGAUAACACGCCUCGAAACUUGUCGGGUUAGUAUAUACGUCUAGAAUAAUUCUAACGUUUAAGGAUCAGCUUUCGUUUGAUAAUAUGAAGAAUUAUGCAGAUCUCGAAAGGUUUUGCCCACCUUAGUCCUCCACUUCCCCUCAUAAAACACCCUAUAUUAUCUGUGUAGUUCCUCAUAUCUUUAUGCCUAGCCUUAGCUAACUUUUAGAACUUAAAACAGUGUUAAAUCAUGGGAAAAAGAGGCAUGAGGGAAACUUGGGAGAAAUUCUACAUGGUACAACUUCAAUAGUGCCUCUAAAUAAAGUGUUCUGAUAAGCAAAUACUAAUGCUAAGGAACGUUUUUCGGUCUGUACGAAAAGCUUUUAUCACUGUACAUUGUAAUUGGGGAAGUUUUACUUACCUUUAGGUCGUAUUCUCGCUGGCUGCUAUUGGUUUUGUAUCCUUAUCUGGAUCUCAACAUACACCGCCAAUCUGGCAGCCUUCCUCACCGUGAAGAACGCUGAAAGUCCCGUCAAAAACCUUGAAGACAUUGCCAAAUCAGACUACCAAGUGGGAGUACUUAGAUCUUCAAGUGUUUCUGAGGCAUUUAGGACAAGUCAGUAUGAAAUACACCAAAUCAUUUGGCAACGAAUUAUUUCAGGAGACAACUUGCCUAAAAAUAGGUCGGAAGGUAUUCAGUGGGUCAGAGAUCGAGAAAAAUUUGUGUUCAUAAGUGGAGGUCCAUCGCUCAGAUACUACGUCAACCAGCCACCUUGCGAUCUAAAGCUAGGUAAUAAGCUGUGUUUUUAGAGAGCACAAUGAUAUCGCAACCCCUUUCGCUUUACUUUGAUUCUGUUCCCAAAGACUAAGAGCUCUGUUUGUCAUAAAUGGUGCGUCCAGGGGUCUAUUUAAUAAAACUUUUACAAGUGUAAUUUACUAGUGUUACAAGUGUUAGACUCUAAAAACAAUAGCUAAACUAGUAAGUUACACUUGUGAAAGUUUUAUUAAAUAGACCCCAGACUUGGAGACUCUUAAAGUUGUUGAGAAGAGCUAAGGUGGGGAUGCACAUCGGAAGAUUAGAAUGAAACCCCUCGAGAAGACCAAUUUGGGCGCGUCUCGUACCAUAAUCCGACACAGUAUGAAAAUGUUUUGCUAUAUUAUGUACAGAUUAGUUUCUCUACGCUCCUCUCCUACCUUCAUGGGUAGAAAUAACAUAUGUCCAGAAAUGAACACAAAAAAAGAAAUGACGAAUUUGGUAAAAAUCGAAUUCACCAAAGGUUUGGUCUUUGAACAAUCCAAGUAAGGUAAAAAAAAAAAAACUAAAUAAAUAACAAAAAAAUUCACUUUGAUUUCCAGUCUGGGGGGUGGGGCCUUUUCCAAUUCUACGGUUUAAGGGAUACAAGAGGAGUGUUAAUGGCUACCCAAAACAGUAUGUCUCUGACACCAAGUGGGCACCCUUAUAUUCUGUAAGUCGAUAUUGGGUGACCAUGCUUCUUUGAUGUUUCCUCUUUAUACGAUUCGGAGAAAAAGAAAGCCGCGUAAAGUGAAACCGGGUACUUUAAUUAAAAUUAAAAUUUUGAGCAGUUUCAGACCCUAAGAAAUUUCUUUGAAACAGUUGCAGGUUUAAGCACAGCAAAAGGAAUGGCAUUCGCUCUACAACAUAACUCUCCUUUUACCAGGGAAUUCACAUUGGCGAUUUUGCGUCUUCAAGAAAAUGGUUUUCUUGAGGGAUUAAGACGAAAAUGGUGGCAUGUCACAAGUAACUGCCCCCAAGAGGAAGAUACAAGUAAGAAAUAA